GGGCGUUUGCAUUAGGUAGUAGUGCCUUUCUCUUGGAGAGAGUAUGACGCAACAUGCGUGUGUGUGUGGUGUGGUGUGGUGUGGUGGGUGGCCGGUACUUGUAUGUAAUAAUCAUGUAUGUAUGGUGUGGCAUGGUACGUCGCAGCAAAGCGCCGUGCAGCCCAACUUCCAAGGUUAUGUCCGCUGCGACCUUUUUUUUUUCUUCUUCUUAUUUCCCUUCUCUCAUUCCUAUCGUUUUGGGCAUCAACAAUACCAACAAAUACUGCGCAGCCCACGACGACAACGACAAACGACGCACGCUGGCUGACACACGCGCGCGCGCACGCCCGCAGCAAGAAGAGAGAUCGG